CUCUUCUCUGUGGUGGUGUAGUGACGCUAUUGCGGUAUUUUCUUGUACUAAAUAGCUUUGUUUUGGAGCAUUGAUUAUUUAUUAUUCAAAAUGAAUUAAAAAUAUGAUAAAUAUUUAUAAUAUCUUUAAUAAUUUAUUAUUAUAACAUUACAAUCAUCUAGUUUGUCAAUAAAUAACAAGAAUUGGACAAUGGCAUUUAAUUAUACUUCCAAACGUUCUAAAAGCUUUUGGAAGAAGAACCUAUACGAAAAUAGAGGAUUUCCUGAUAAUUAUACCGAUGAAUCAUUUCUACACGAAUUAAGAAAAAACAUUAAACCCAAUAAUGUUACGAUAGAAAGUGCCAUAACUCUUGGAGCCAGUAUUUCUACUCAAUUAAGCAUCGUUAUACUCUUCGUAAUAGUUUUUAUCUGGUUAAAUAACGAAUGGAUAUCACCAAAUACUAUUUUUAUAUCAAGUUCAGCUUUAACUAUCAUAGGAUAUUUAUUUUACAUCAGCAUGUUGCCCACUUUAGCAGCUAGGGUUCCAAAAGACUGCAGGACAGCACUUAUUUUCCUGGUUUUCGGUUAUAUUUUGUCACCAGUGUUGAAAACUUUAACUGAAACCAUCAGCACAGACACAAUUUACGCUAUGACCAUUUUUAUGUUCUUUAUUCAUUUAAGUUUUAGUAAAUAUGGCAUCCCACCAGUGUCACUGUCAGAUUCUCUCUCCAUCACGUCAUCAAUAUUUGGCUCUUUGAUGCUAGCAUCUCGUCUAGCAUCACCCUUUCACGCUUUUACUUUACUUACCGUUGCUGUACAAUGUUUUGUUUUACUUCCUUUUUUAUUAAUUAAGAAAGCUGAUAAGAUGAUUUUUAUUUCUCUUAUUUUCACAGUCAUGACUUUGUAUUUUUUAGUUGUAGUGUCGGAUAUAUUGUCAUUAGUUUUUAUUGUUGUUACUAUUUUUGUUGAUAUCAUUUGUCCAUUUUGGUACAUCAGAUGGCAAAAGUAUAAAGAUAAUAUUUAUGGUCCUUGGGAUGAAGCUGUGAUUAAAAAAUAAUUUCAUAAUAAAAAAACUAAAAUUCGUAAA